GUAUAGGCUGGCAACACAAAUAAAACAUAUUUAAAUUCAACGAUUGGGCAACACUGCGUGCACACACACAUUAUCAGCUGCUACUGUCGCGAUCAAGGUGCAUGGGCAUUGGCGAGAAAGAGACAAAAGACUGAUAAGACGAGCAUCUUCGUAAAGUUAAGCACUCUGAACGUAGCUAGUGUGUGUGCAAGACAUGGCCGAUAAAGUGACGGAUGAGCAAAAACACAUAAAUCUAUCCAAUCUGCCUAUGCUACCGACACCAGUGAUCACCUACGGCAUGGUACACAAGCUGGAAUGCAAGCAGGAGCGCAAGGUGACCUUGCCCGCUGUUAUCGAUGAUGGCACUUCAUCGGUGCAGCUUAAUCUCUCGUCGGACACGCUGGGCGGCGCUGGCGAGCAUAAAAAGGAUGAGAAACCCUUCAAAUACAAUUGGAAUUCGCCAUGUCUGAUGAUUCUGUUCGAUGGCGGCGACAUCAAUUCGGCACUGCAUCAUUUGGUCACGUCGCUGCACGAUCCAUUUGCCGAGAACGCCGUUGCCACGCUACUUGUGCAGGAGAGCGUGCGUGACACGUUGAUCGAACGUGUUGUGGAGCAAAUGCAUCAGCUGGACACCCAGGUGGCCAAUCAUCCCAGCUAUGUGCGCACACUGGCCAAAUUGCAAAAGCUCAAGGCCGAAACAAUUGUCGGCAAUCCCAAAGUGGUGCCGCCCAAUGCCACGCCCAUGCUGGUCAGCGAUCUAACGCACAGUUUUCUCGGCGAUGGUCCAACCGGGGUGAUCACAAUGCACACCUUCCGCACCCCCAAGGAGGCCACCCAGGUCAAUCUGAAGGAGACGCUGCCCUACAGCUCCGUAAGCAUUUGGAACGAGAAGCUGGCCAGCGCCUACGAGGUGUGUGCUCUCCUCAAGGAGCAGACUUUCAUGCUCAACUGUUACAACGUGGAUCUGACGCCCAUUGAGACCUCCCAUGAGGCCGCCAAGAACGAUGUGAAGAUCGUCAAGGGUUAUCACUACGAAACGUUGACCAUCAAUCAUCAGCGCAAGAUCAUCGUCUUUGCCGUGGGCACAAUCUUUGCCAAUUGAUUUGGAUUGCAUGGAGCUCAAUUACUGGCCUACCUCAAAGGUGCUUUUAUUAGAAAUUAUAUACAUAUAUGUACAUAUAUCAGUUUAGAGAUCUGUCAUAUAAUCCUGUUUGCAUAUAGUCUGCGCUGUGUUCUGUUCACUUUCUGUUUUUGCAAUACACACAAAACUUAAGCUCAAA